UGCAUUUGGCACGGGGUUCUGGGGUCCACGGCCAGCAGGGAUCAAUAUUGUCUUGAAUAUGGCAAAAGGAGUCGAAGCCGCACCUGGGCCCUUUAACCGUUCCGUUCAGCAACGCGGCUAAAGAUGGGAGUUGGGGGGAGCAAAAAUGCCCGACCGAGAUCGUGUUGCACUGCGUCGUGGGGCCCCGCAAAAUGGCAUUCGGGGCUUUUUUGCUCCUGUGCGGAAGGAGAAUCCUGGUUGCAUGGAAGGGGAAGGCGUGGGUGAAGAUCGGGGAGCAUGGCCUGUGAUCUUCAGGUACGUCUUGGACUGAUGGAGCAUGGUUGGCCGAGAACGAUAUCAUGUAGUCGACAGAGGAUACAUCGAAUCGGAACAGUGGGACCCAAGGGUGGAGAUGCGUGGGUAAUCCCGAGCAGCCAUCAUGGAAUCUGAGACUAGGUAUAUAGGAGGCUGGCCCUUCCAACCUAACCGCUUCUUUUUCAGCUACCCAGUCAUCCCGGCCGAGUCUCACCCACCGUCAAAGAUGAAGGCCAGUCUUAUGCUUCUGUUGGCACCGUUGGUGUCAGCGGCUCCCACCGUCGAGCACCGUCAGGCUUCCCAGAGCAUCGACGCGCUCUUCAAGGCCAAGGGCAAGGAGUUCUAUGGCACUGCCACCGAUCAGGGCCGUCUUCAGGCUGGCCGGAACGCCGCCAUUAUCGAGGCCAACUUCGGUCAGGUCACUCCCGAGAACAGCAUGAAGUGGGAGAGUCUCAACCCCCGCCAGGGCCAGUACAACUGGGGCCAGGCUGACUACCUCGUCAACUGGGCCACCGAGCGCAACAAGACCAUCCGUGGCCACACCUUUGUCUGGCACUCUCAGCUCGCCGGCUGGGUCAACCAGAUCAACAACCGUGACCAGCUCACGCGUGUGAUCCAGGAGCACAUCCGCACCGUCGGUGGCCGCUACAAGGACAAGAUCUACCACUGGGAUGUGAUCAACGAGAUGUUCAACGAGGAUGGCUCGCUCCGCAACAGCGUCUUCUCUCGUGUCCUCGGCGAGAGCUUCGUCAAGAUUGCCUUCGAUGCCGCUCGAGAGACCGACCCCUCGGCCAAGCUCUACAUCAACGACUACAACCUCGACCAGCCCAACUACGCCAAGGUCACCCGCGGCAUGGUUGCCAACGUCAACAAGUGGCUGUCUCAGGGUAUCCCCAUCGACGGUAUCGGUACUCAGGGCCAUCUUCAGUCCGGCCAGGGCAAUGGUCUUGCCCAGACCAUCAAGGUUCUCGCUGCCACCAGCGUCAAGGAGGUCGCCGUUACUGAGCUCGACAUCCAGAACAACAACAGCAACGACUACGUCGCCGUGACCCGUGGCUGCUUGGAGGAGCCCAAGUGCCGUUCCAUUACCGUCUGGGGUGUCCGUGACCAGGAUUCGUGGCGCCCUCAGGGCAACCCUCUCCUGUUCGACAGCAACUACAACGCCAAGGCCAACUACAACGCCAUUGUGCAGUUCCUGUCGCAGUAAAUGGAUGAGAGGAAGGGAAAGGGCGAGGUAGAAUGAGAACUACUGGGUUGUAAAGUUAGCUCAACAUCAGGUACCGGCACAAUGUAAAUACGCACCCUACGAUACCGAGGUAUCUUUCAAGAGACUUGAAUGCUUCCACAGUUCUCAUUCUCUACUGCAAGUAUCGAGGACUCGGAAACCGGCACGGACUGUGAUCCUAGAUAGGAGGCCUACAGCUGACAACGAAAAGCGGAAGUGAGUACCUAGCAUAAAUUCUUGAUCGAAAACCAGUAUCACUGUCCGCGAUCAGGGGUCAUGUUGUGAUAUGACUGCAGGGUAAGCUCUGCCCAAUCGCGACUCUUCGGGGCCAUGUCAGAUGCAUCACGAUUCUCGGCGGUCAGCGUACUACACGGAUGGACCAGUGGU